GCCCUCGUCACGUGAUGGGGCCAUCAUGGCGGCGACCAGAGGCCUACCCGGCUCCCGGAAGCAGGCUGUGAGGGGCGGGCGCGCUGCUGGAAACAGAACCGGAGCCGGAGCCGGAGCUGGAGGCAGAGCAGACAGGGCGGCCGGGCGGCCUGGAGCCGGACGCGUCCGGGGCGUCCCCGCAGACCGGGGCAGGUGAGAUGGGCUCCCGGCGAGGUCGUCCGGGGGCCCGCCAUGCUGGUGAUUGCCUACCUUGCCUUGGUGGUCCUCUUGGCCUCCUGCCUGGGAUUGGAGCUGUCAAGAUGCCAGGCCAAGCCCCCUGGAAGGGCCUGCAGCAAUCCCUCCUUCCUUCGUUUUCAGUUGGACUUCUAUCAGGUCUAUUUCCUGGCCCUGGCAGCUGACUGGCUCCAGGCCCCCUACCUCUAUAAACUCUAUCAGCAUUACUACUUCCUGGAGGGUCAAAUUGCCAUCCUCUAUGUAUGUGGCCUUGCCUCCACAGUCCUUUUUGGUCUGGUGGCCUCCUCCCUCGUGGAUUGGCUGGGUCGCAAGAAGUCUUGUGUCCUCUUCUCCCUCACUUAUUCUUUAUGCUGCUUAACCAAACUCUCUCGGGACUACUUUGUGCUGCUGGUGGGCCGAGCACUUGGUGGGCUGUCCACGGCCCUGCUCUUCUCGGCCUUCGAGGCCUGGUACAUCCAUGAGCAUGUAGAGCGGCAUGACUUCCCUGCUGAGUGGAUCCCAGCUACCUUUGCCCGAGCUGCCUUCUGGAACCAUGUGCUGGCUGUAGUGGCAGGUGUGGCAGCUGAGGCUGUGGCCUGCUGGAUGGGCCUGGGGCCUGUAGCGCCCUUUGUGACUGCCAUCCCUCUCUUGGCUCUGGCUGGGGCCUUGGCCCUUCAUAACUGGGGAGAGAACUAUGAUCGGCAGCGUGCCUUCUCGAGGACCUGUGCUGGGGGCCUGCGUUGCCUCCUGUCAGACCGCCGCGUGCUGCUGCUGGGCACCAUACAGGCCCUGUUCGAGAGUGUCAUCUUCAUCUUUGUCUUCCUCUGGACGCCUGUUCUGGACCCACAUGGGGCCCCACUGGGCAUCGUCUUCUCCAGCUUCAUGGCAGCCAGUCUGCUCGGCUCUUCCCUAUACCGCAUUGCUACCUCCAAGAGGUACCACCUUCAGCCCAUGCACCUGCUCUCCCUUGCUGUCCUCAUUGUUGUCUUCUCCCUCUUCAUGUUGACUUUCUCCACCAGCCCAGGCCAGGAGAGUCCAGUGGAAUCCUUCAUAGCCUUCCUACUUAUCGAAUUGGCCUGUGGGCUCUACUUUCCCAGCAUGAGCUUCCUACGGAGAAAGGUGAUCCCUGAGACAGAGCAAGGUGGUGUACUCAACUGGUUCCGGGUGCCUCUGCACUUGUUGGCCUGCCUGGGGCUCCUGGUCCUCCAUGACAGUGAUCACAAAACUGGCACUCGGAACAUGUUCAGUGUCUGCUUCGCUGUCAUGGUGAUGGCUCUGCUGGCGGUGGUGGGGCUCUUCACUGUAGUGAGGCAUGAUGCUGAGCUGCGGGUGCCCUCACCCACCGGGGAGCCUUAUGCCCCUGAGCUCUAGCCCUGUUUCAGCACAGGGGGGCUGGGACGGACUCUUGAAUCCUGCUUCUGCAGGGUUGUACAGAUCUUUCUGUGACUGAGUUUAAGACUCUCUGGCUCCUCAGCUUGUGCUGAGGCCCCUCCUGCCAGUGCUUUGGGUUGGGAAACAUCCAGGGGUAAUGGCCUAGAAAGAAGAUGCCAAAAGUUGCCUCUGUGUUACUCCCUUUCCCCUUUACAUUUAAAAAUAAAUACUUGUAAUUGAUCA